UCCUUAUAUGAGGAAAGGUCUUUUUGGGUUCCAGCUUACUUGAAAAGUGUAUUCUGGGCUGGAAUGAGCACAACACAAAGGUCGGAAAGCAUGAAUGCAUUUUUCGAUGGGUAUGUCCAUUCCGGUACCACGUUGAAGGAAUUCGUCGACCAAUUUGAUAAUGCUCUUAGAAAGAAGGUGGAGUUAGAGACAAUGGCUGAUUUCAAUUCUAACAACCAAACUAUUCCCUGCGUGUCCCAUUUUAAUAUUGAGAAGCAGUUUCAAAGGUUAUAUACAAAUGCAAAGUUCAAAGAGGUACAAAGAGAGUUGCUGGGCCUAAUGUGUUGUAAUUGUUCGUUGGUAAGCACAGAAGGGUGCAUUUUAAAAUACCAAGUGUUCGAUGAAAUAAGUACUGAUGACCACAUCAAAACACUCAAUUUCUGUGUUUACUAUAACGAAGAGGAGGUGGAGGUCAAAUGCACGUGUGCAUUGUUUCAGAUGAGGGGGAUUCUAUGCAGGCAUGCACUUAGAGUUUGCCAGUUCAAAAAGAUUAAUGUGCUGCCAGAUGUAUAUGUGUUGGAUCGUUGGAGAAAGGACUUAAAGAGGACAUACACAUUAGUCAGAAGUAGUUACGAUGACCAGCGGGACAGAACAGACGCACGGAAUUAUGAGCGGGUGCUUAAAAGAUGUUCGAAAUUAGCGACCAAGAUAUCCUCUGAUAAUGAAAAAAUUGAUGCUUUCUUGCGUGUAGUUGAUGAAUUUGAGACUAAAUGUGAAGGUUCAACACUAGAGUCGGCAUAUGAACAAACGAAGGCCAAAGCAAAUGUCGUCUUGGAUAAGGGUAAGAAGAUACUAAGCCCCAAUGUGGUUCGAGGGAAAGGGAGACCCCCAAGUAAGAGAAAGGUUCCACCAGUGGAAAAGUUGGCAACAAAGAGAAAGAAACCGACUUCCAGGAAAAUCUUGGUAGAUGAAACAGAAUUGGGUGAGAUACCGGGAUCUGAACAACACCAAUUUCAUGAUGGGGUUGAUGUUGAGACACAAAACAGCAUUCUUACACAAUCAACUCCACAGAUGUGUCACCAUCUUGAUGCACACUUGUAAUCCCAUGGUGAUGAGAAGCCACAUUUUUUGAAGCUCUUGGAGAGGGAGAAGCUGGAAUUUGGGAGUUCGAUGAGUAACUUGUCUCUGGGGGCCGUAGCUCAUUCUAAUUAUCUCGCAUUUUUUUUUCCUGUUUAGUAUUAUUUUGCAUGAUUGGCUCUGUUGAUUUUUCUCUAAAGUGUUAUUUUUAGAUACUUGUAUUUCUCAUUGAUUUGUCUUUAUAUCCUCUAACAUUGUAUGAUUGUAUUUCUCAGAUCUGCCGCCGUGAUUGAGUUGCUGUUUUUGUGUCUUUUAGAGGGUUGGGUGGUAGUUUUGUGGCUUUAUAUCCUCCUAGUGUAGUUUUGGUAUCCAUGGGUGUAUGCUAGAGGGUAAGGUUUUUUUUUGGAGAUGCAACGGGUAAUUUUUUGUACCUCUUGGAGAUCGAAGGUGUUUUGGUACCAUGAGCCAACAAGUUUUGGAGGACUACUACAAAGUUUUGGAGGUUGAUGAUGAUGCAACUGAGGAAAAUAUCAGAUUGAAUUACCUAAGGCUUCCACUGCAACAUUGGUGAACAAGUUCACUGAAAUUGUGAGAUGGAAGUUGAGGAACAAAUUUCACUAUAAGGUAUUAAUCCCACUGAAGAGGAUAAUGAGAGUUGAGCUAAGUGAGAAUGUAAGGAAGCCAUGAAUGGUGUACAUAGAAGGGAAAAAGUAAGGAAGCCAUGCAUGACACGUUGCCACUCUCUCAAUUAAUAGAUCAUAUUUGUCUAUUUAUGUUCUGGUUUAUAUAUCAGUGCAUUGGUUGGGUUGCCGCCUAAGUGAGAAUGUAAGGAAGUCAUGAAUGGUGUACAUAGAAGGGAAAAAGUAAGGAAGCCAUGCAUGACACGUUGCCACUCUCUCAAUUAAUAGAUCAUAUUUGUCUAUUUAUG